ACUAGCAGUUCAACUGACGUACUUUACAUCAAACGCCAAGUUCAACAGGUUAUGACUUUAUUGAGUUAGGUGAUUCAAGUGCCUUGUCCAGCAACAUGGAAGGAUUUAUGAUUGUACGAGUGGCUCUGCUCGUAUUCGUGUUCCACCACUCUCUGGGCGACCCCACCGUGCCAGCUCCAGCGGCAGCUCCCACAAGCGGUUGGGGUGUGAAAUGGGGCCGCUUUAACAGUGUCAAAACUACAGUAGUUGCCGAUGCCCAGUCGGACAAAACUACCGUGCCGGCUUCCACAAUCGGUUCGGGUUGGAACCUCUUGGAACGAGUCAAAUCUUCAGUUCCCAAUGUAGGAGGGACUGCCUUCUUAGGAGAGCAGAUGGCCGCAUUGAAGACAGAGGUGCAAACCCGUGGAGUGAAAGGUACUUGGAGUGACUUGACGGAUAAUGCUGGAUGUUUAUUUAAAAAUUGUGCUGGAGCUGCCACCACUGCAAUGCAAGGAGCGUCCAAUCUCAAGGAUAAAGGUGGGCAAAUAGCUUCUGGUGUGGGCCAAGCAGUUUUGGACAGGCUACCGACACAAGAGGCUUUGUGUAACUUGAGGGAUCAGGCUGGAUGCGCAUUCACUGCAAUGCAAGACGGAGCGUCUAGUAUCAAGAAUGGAGGUGUGGCAUUAGCGUCUGGUGUGAUGGAAACUGGUGGGAUUGUAGUUUCUGGUCUGAAGGGAAUGAGCCAGACUAUAGUAGACAGUCUACCGAAACAAAUUGUUGACAAUUUUACUACAGAAAAUUUAAUCAUAUUAUUAAAAUCUGAGGCUGGGCAGAAAUUGCUGUUUCAAAUUAUUAUAGGAUUAGCCUCCGCCACUCCUGCAUUUAAACUCCUUGCCGUGACAUUAAGCAGUCCGCAAGUCCGAAAAUGCAUUUCUUCCAAUGAAUCCCUAAAAAAUGUUCAGCCAUUAAAUCAAAUAUUUAGUAUAAUUAAUCCCGAAGAAGAAAAGGAUAAGGUAAAUGAAGGAAAGGAUAAGGUAAAUGAAGGAAAGGGUAAGGUAAAUGAAGGAAAGGAUGAGGCGAAGGAAAAGAGCCAGGCAAUAGUAAUGGGUUUACCGGAACAAAUUACUGACAGUUUGACUACAGAAAAUGUAAUCAAACAAUUAUCAUCUCCUACUGCGCAGAGUUGGCUGAUUAGCACUAUUUUUGGAUUUGCCUCCGCCAAUCCUGCGUUUAAAAUCCUUGCCCCGGCAUUAAAAAAUCCGGAAAUCCAAAGUUACAUUUCUUCCUAUAUCUCCCUGGAAAGUUUGAUUCCUGGCCCGACAAAGAAAGAAAAUGAUAAGGAGAAGGGAGUGAAGGAUGUUGCGAAGGAAGAGGACAAAAGUUAGCACAUAGUACUUCUCUUUAUGUAUGAAAUAUUGUUCAAUUGGACGAAUAUAUAU